ACAUUUCAGUUCUGUGUGUCAGGUGUGUCAAUUCCCACCUGUGGAACCAUAUUAACACUAGGUGUGGAGUAGGCAAGCAUUUUAGUGCUUACCUGAGGGAGAAAAUGGCGUUUCAACUGCUGUUGUUGUUAUCACUCUUUGUAUUCACUGCAGGUGCAGAAAAGAAGACAGUAGACCCCAGAAUGCCAACCUGUGGAGACAUGGCUGAGAUUCUGGCAUGUCCACUCAAUCUGGCUCCAGUGUGUGGCACAGACGGGCAAACCUAUGCCAACGAGUGUGCCCUCUGCGUGCAAAGGCAGAUGUCUAAAGCAGACAUAUUAAUUUCCAAGGAAGGGGACUGCUGACCUCACCCUGGUGAUGAUGGAAACAUAAAUGUGAAUUUGAAAUCAACAAUAAAUAAAUAAAACUGAGUUUUGCAAAACUA